GCGCGCUGCGGUAGGAGGUCGGCGCAGAAGGACGGGGCCGCUUCGCUCCCGCCGCCUCGUCCCUCUCUCUCUCUCUUUCCUUUUCCCCCCCCUUUCCUCCCCUUUUUUUUUUCCUUCCUCCCGUUUCCCGGCAGGAUGCCGCGCUCCGGGCCUCUCCCUGCCGCCCUUUCGGUGCUGCUGGUAACCACCGCGCUGCUGCCGGGACCUGCCGCGGGGCAGAAUGAGCCCAGGAUCAAUGCCAGCGAGGAUGUAGUCAUUCAUGUGCAUGGUCCACCUGUCACGUUGCAGUGUAACCUCACCACAAGUCCCAGCCCCCUUUCUGCCAGCUACUGGGUGAAGAAUGGGGAGGAGAUCCCUGGCACUAGAAAAUCUACCAACACUACAGAAUACAAGAUUUUGAAGCCCAGAGCAGAAGAGUCAGGGGAAUACUUGUGCGUGUUUGUGUUUUCAAACUCUCCUAUAGCCAACGCCACUAUAGAAGUGAGAGCUACUCCUGACAUCACUGGCCACAAGAGAAGUGAAAAUAAAAACGAGGGGCAAGAAGCCCUGAUGUACUGCAAGUCUGUGGGCUUCCCCCAUCCCGAGUGGGUGUGGCGCAAGAAGGUCAAUGGAGUCUUUGAGGACAUCAACAACUCCUCUGGCAGAUUCUUUAUUUCCAACAAGGACAACUACACUGAGCUCAGCAUCACAAACCUGCAGAUAAACGAGGAUCCCGGCGAGUACCAGUGCAAUGCAACCAACCAGGUCGGCUCCGUCUCGGUCACAACCAUCCUGCGUGUCCGCAGCCACUUGGCUCCCCUCUGGCCCUUUUUGGGGAUCUUGGCAGAAAUUGUCAUCCUCGUUGUCAUCAUAGUUAUUUAUGAGAAAAGGAAGAGGCCGGAUGAAGUCCCGGACGAUGAUGAACCAGCUGGGCCAAUGAAAACCAAUUCUACAAACAAUCAUAAAGAUAAAAACUUACGCCAGAGAAACACAAAUUAAAACUGCUCCUCAUAGCUUUAAGUUUCUGAGAGACUGAUGGCAAUAUGACCUGCUAAAUUUAAGGGUUGGAACUCUUGGUUCUAGAACUCCAGUUCUGUCUGAUUAUUCUUAUUUUUGGUUUUCCUUUCCAAGUGAGCAACAAUAUGACUGUCUAACGCAUGCCUUAUUUAGCCUCUCCUGUAAGGAUGACCUAGCCAGAUAAAUUUUAAUAAUGCUUCAGUGUAGAAGGUGUAAACUAUUUUGGGCUUGAUGUGCUGUGAAUGUCGCUUCUUUUUUUUUUUUUUUUUUCCUCCUUUUUUUCUUUUUUUUUCUUCUUUCCCCUUUUCUUCCCCUUCUCUCAUCUAGUUCAACCUUAGGAGUAGUGAGCUGGUUCACGCAUGCGCCAUUUUUUACUUCCUGUAGCUGUUAAAAUUGGCUCUUAAACCGCUCUGCUGCCACCUAGUGAGACUUUUUGUAAAGUACAGCGAGACUUAAAAAUAUAUACAGUAUAUAUUUAUAUUUGGGGGGAGGGAGGGAGGGAGGGGGAGGGGAGGAUGGUGGAAAACCAAACGACAGUAAUUGUGUUUCAUUUUGAAGCUGCUGAUAUUCAUUCCUUACUGUAUGUCUGAAAGAGGAGAGAAUUCUGCUGUUCUGGUACUUAAGAGAAGUUAAUAUAAAUUGAAAUUAUUUUAAGGGCUUAACCUAUAGAGAGAGAGAGAGAGACUUGGGUGUCCUAUAAUCAGACUUCACAAGCUGGAAUGGUUGGACGUGGUGGUGGUGGUGGAAUGCAGUCGAAAAGAGAAACAAAACUUCAGUUUAUAAAUAUAUAUAUAUAUAUAUAUGAUGGCUUUUUAAGUGAUUCUAUUAUUUUUUUUUGUUGUUGUUAAAUCAUGUAAAUUCUCAAAUCCUUUUGCACUGAUGUGUUCAACAUAUUCUUGUACAUUCAAUUCAGGCAAACUUUUAUAAUUUUCUUUUUUUUUUGUUGUUUUGUUGAAAUGAUGAAAUGUUCCAGCAUGGUGAUAUUCUAUGCAACUAGUCCUACUCUUUUAGUUUGACACUGUAAUUUCUCAUGAUUUAAAGAUUGUAGAAAUAGACCUGCCAGGGUUCCCAUGGUGUGUGUAACUGUAGCUGCAUGAACUUGUGUUCUGUGUAUUUGUUGAAGUGCAAUGAUGUAUAAAAAGUGGAUUCACCUGUUUUUAAAAAUAAAACACUGAC